AAAAAUGGACGUCCCAAUAAAUAACUUCAAGGGAGUGAUGCUCUGUAACAGGCCGAAUGAAAAUGUGAUGGUUAUCAAAGAAAAGUAUUCCUUUUAAAUAAGCUAUUCAGACCUUUCUGUUCUAGGGUUUAACCUUAAGAUUAAUGGGGGUUAACAAAAAAAUACGAAGAGACUAAAGCGUUACCGAUUGCCAUAAAUCCUGUUUUAGAAAGACAUAAGAAGUGGUUGGAAGAAUUCAAAUUGCAAAACUAACUCAAGAAACAUGCCAAAGAGGAGUAAUAAGUUCGUGAGGAUGAAAAAUUUCAAAGAGUUAGAGAUUUAGCCAAGAAAGACAGGGAGAUAACAAAGAAGAUGAAGGAAGAAUACAAAUAAAUCAAUGAUAUCAUCAAGAAAGAGUUGCAAGAUGAUGGUCCCAAAAGCAAAACGUGAGGCUGUUAUCUUAAUUUCAAGAGUGUAAUUGACUGCCGAAAACCUAAAGAAAUUAGAAGACAGAGAUGCCAUCAAACAAUAAGAAGUGAAAACUGAUAAUAAAUUGGAUACUAAGUAGGGAGAUCAGAAGAAGAGAUACAAAACCAAACCAGUCUGGGCCAUGACAAAAGAAGUUAUUUUUAUCAUAAUAUUCAAAGGAAGAAGAGGAGCACAUUAAAUAGGAGGAGGAUGAGUUACUCAAUUUUGUUGAGAAUCUCGAUUAUGAUUCAUAUAUCAAUGACCUAGAAGUAUAGUAUUUAUUAAAUCCAAGGUGAAUGUGAUGUUGAAAGCAUUACAAUAAAGAGUCUCUGAUAUAAAGAAGGAAGGAAAUUGGAAGGAGAAAUUAGAAUAAGGGGAGAAGAAAUAGGAAUAAAGAGAACCAGAUAUGUAUGACAAGAUUAGUCAGUCUCUGGGAAAGAAUGACGAGGCUAGAUCAGUACAUUCAGAGAAAACUUAAAGUAAAAGUUCAAUUGAGUAGAUUCCAUAAAUUAAUUGAGAAAGAGAUAAGAGUAAAUUGAAUAAGGCAAAUAGGAUUGGGAGAAGACAACUACAAAUGGAGAUCAAAAAGCUUCAUUAGAGGAUCGCAUUGCAAAACAUGUAGCCGAUGAGAUCCUUAAUCAAUAUAAAGUAAUACAAUUGCCAUUUAUUGGUAGAAUCUAUCCAACAUCCAUUCUAAUUCUUCUAUUCGAAAAAUAUUGGAAAGAGAGGCCAAAAAAACUUUGCAAGAGCAAUCUAUCCCAGGACCUGUCAUUUCAGUAAUUAAAAAUGAAAAAAUGCCUCGAGAUCCCAAUACUUUGCCAUAUUUGCAUCGUAAUCCAGCCAUUUGA